UGUAACUUCAACAUCACUCGCAUCACAGAUCAGCACCACAGUCGUCGCGAAAGUCGCUCCAGCCUUAUAUGUGUACAUAUUGUACAGAGAUAUAUAUACUACCAAAGGAAUAAAUCAUUGUACGCGGAACGACUGGAAAAGAAUAGUGAACAAUCAUGGCGCCGCUCCGGUCCUCCCGCUCCACGAGGAACCAAGACCACAACGCGGCAGCCCGAAAUCGGGCGGGGGGUCUCGACCUCGACCCCACCGACGGGCUGCCCGUCCAGAAGUUCGAGCUCCGAACAGUCCGAGUGAGCCAAGAAGGCUCCUCGGACCACAACGACGGCGCCAACCAACCGGGCCAACAGAGUGGUAGUGACAUCUGGCGGGAACCGCCGUUGCCGUCUUUUUUCAAUCAACUGCCCCAACACUCACAGGCUCUUUUGAGGAGAGCCCGGAUGGGUAAUACCAACGUGACGCCAUCAGAAUGGGACCGGAAGACCAAUUCUUGGAUCCCAGGCAGUGAGGUCGAAGCCAGAAACUCUCGGCUCAAAUUGAAACACCUCUCGACUGUUCCCGACUCACCGAACUCCCAUGACGAGGACGACAACGCCGACGACAACGAUGACCUGCUCGAUGCUGAUGGUUUACCGCCAAAGAGGAGAAGACAAACUGCGGGCCUACAAGAAAGGUACUUGGAAGUCAAGAAAUGGGUGCCGAUUGAUCCUGCCCGUGCCGAGAAACUGCCCGAGCCCAAGUAUCUUGCGGAUCGCCGACCUGGCAUGCAAAGCCUCUACGGAGGUGCAUACAAAGCGACCAAUGGUUUUGGAACGUUGGGCGCGAAUCCCUUGGCCAGCUCUGACACUGUCAGCUACGAUCUGGGAGAAGGUGCAGGAUUAGGAAACGCCUCUGGUGUGCUCGGUUCCACUAGUAACGCACCACCAGCGCCUACACCGGUUCGACGAAACAUGCCUCCCAAGCGGAAGAAGAAGAAGCUCGGCGGCCCAGGGCGCAGAAAGGCAAAUCCCAUACCUCUUGGAGAAAAUACCCCUGCCACAGUGCCACAAGAUGCUACCAUGACUGGGACUGGGACUGGGACUGGUACUUCAGUGGGCGACAGUACUCCAGCAGCUACACAAGACGGCCAAGCAGAAACAAAUCCGGAUGGAGAUGCAGAAGGACCUGGAAGCGAGAGCGAAGGAGAGGGCAGUGAAGAGGGAGAAAUCGAGGAAAACACUCCAGCUCAGACGCAGACCCAAAUCAAGCCAGAUGAUGGUGCUGCAACACAACCACCAGUGGACUCUUCGGCAGACACAGCCCAGUCUCAACUACAACCACAACCUCAAACUGCAACAACUGCAAAUGAUCAGGCCCAAUCAGAGGUGACAGCACCAACUCCACAAGAGACUGGAACGCACCAGACCACAUCUGCCGAGUCAUUGCACGAUGUUUCUUCUUCUUCGACCUUGACCGCUAGACAACAAGCGGCGCAGGUAGACGAGGCAGUAUCUGACCCAGCACCACAAACACAAAAACAGCCAGAACCAACAUCCGAAAUUCCAGAUACGGACAUGGACAUGGCAAUACAGAAUUCUCCCCACCCCAUUGCUCCUCCUGAACAACAGCAUGCAAUCGCAACAUCAGACGAUACAGAAGCAGCCCUCCCCAAUGUCGAACCAGAAGCGGAACCCGAACUUGUCCUCGAACAACUUGACCGUCCAUCCAUCAUCUCCUCCGAUCCUCCUAUUCUGCAGGCUACACCGGUUAUCACUAGUACAACAGAGCCAGAGCCAACCUCCGAAACCGUCACCACAGAAGACGCCGUUGCGCCCAACUUUGAACACCCAGAGGAAGAAGCGCAGACAACAGCUCAUGAACCCGAACAAAAAUCGCUGGGAGAUGAAACCCUCAAUCAAGAUCAAGAUCCCGUCAAGGUGGUCGCAGAGACUACUAAUGUCGAUAUGGUGACCGCAUCUGCACCUCACGCUGCUGCGGGGAAUGAUAAUAUGACACAACAACAACCUGAGCAGGGAGAAACUCUAGGAGAAACUCAGACUCAACCACAAACUGAACCGCCGCAAUUGCCAUUGCAAUCGAGCGGAGAUCAUCAAGGUGAAGAAGCAGAACAAGCACCACACCAACUUCAACCAGAACAAGCACAAAUACAAACACAGGAAGCUGGUAGUGGAGAAGUCGAUUUACUCGGUGGCUUGGAGGCUGCUGUGGAGAAGGAACAUAGGGCCUUGUAGGCCGAGCUUCAGUUCACGCAGAGGUGGAGAGAUAUCAUGGUCCGGAGGAGAUGGAACAUGGGAGCUCUAUGCCUCCUUCGUGUUCAGCAGGGUGCAAGGUGUCCUCUCGUGCGUCAAGAACAGGGCACAACAUAGGGGUGCAUCCGGAUACAUAGGUUCAAGUCCAGACCUCGGGAGAGCAAGCUCAUGGAGAUACGAAGGGAUACCCGGAUUGUACAUUAUUGAGAGCACGGAAUUGCUGCACUUUAUGGAAGGGGGAUCAUUACUAGCAUUGCUGUCAAUGAGUCGCGAUGGUACAUAGCUUCUCGUGCUGAGGUUGUCUCCCGUUCAGCACAGACAGCUAGAGGACGAAAAUCAACCAAGUAUUGACCCAUCAUGAAA